CAACUUCUUCUAACCAGCCCGUGCCGCAGCCUCCUCAGCCCAUCCAAGGCUACAGUCAAAAUUACGGCGGCCCUAUCCCCAGCGGCUACCCGUCUCCCGGCUACGCCAUCGACAUGCCCGUCGCGGGCGACGCGCCCAUGGAAGCCGAAGCCCUCCGCAGCGCCAUGAAAGGCUUCGGCACCAACGAAGGCACGCUCAUCAAGGUCCUUGCGCCGGCCGACCCGCUCCUCAUGACCCGAAUCCGAGAAACCUACAAACGGUAUUUCAACCGGGACCUGCAGCAAGACAUUAUCAAAGAAACGAGCGGGCGCUUUGAAGACGUCCUCGUCGCACUUGUUCGCGGCCCGCUGCAAAACGACGUGCACAACAUCCGCAGCGCGCUCAAGGGCGCCGGCACCAACGAGACCGUCCUCGACGACGCCCUCCUCGGCCGCUCUAAUGCCGACAUGCACGCCAUCCAGCGCGAGUAUCAACGCACAUUUAACCGCAAUUUACUCGACGACGUCAGAGGCGACUUGUCGUUCAAGACGGAGGUCUUGUACGAAAUGGUCCUCUCCGCACAACGCGAUGAGGAAUCCCCGCAUAUCAAUCCCCAGCUUGUCGACCAGGACGCGAAUCAGUUGCACCAAGCGAUUAAAGGCAAAUUAGACAAGACUGGGAAUGGGAAUAAGCAGCAGAGUGUGUGUCAUAUCAUGACCAAGCGCAGUGAUGGCCAUUUGAGAGCCGUAGCGCACCAUUAUGAGCGAACUUAUCACAAGAGCUUGGAGGAGGCUAUCAAGAAGGAAUUCACCGGCCACAUGGAACACGCACUACUCCAUAUCCUCCGCGGCGCCACCGACCGCGCCAUGCGCGACGCCGUGCUGCUCGAGGACUGCAUGCGCGGCCUGGGUACCCGCGACGACCUGCUCGUCCAGCGCGUCGUGCGUGUCCACUGGGACCGCGACCACAUGCGCCAAGUCCGCGGGGCGUACAAGCAUCGGUAUAAUAAAGAAUUGGCCACGCGUAUUGCUAAAGAGACGAGUGGUGAUUAUGAGCGCGCGUUGGUUGCGUGUGUUUCUGUUUAAUUUUUUUCUUAUUCUUUAUUCUUUAUUCUUUUAUUUUUUUCUCUUUAUUUUUUAUUGUUUAUUGUUUGUUUUUUAUUAUUUUAUUAUUAUUUUUUUUUCUCUUAUGUACUAUCCUUUACAAUCCGUAGUUUAUAUCCUUUGUAUUUAUUUACUUUCUUUUCGUAUUAUUUCCUUCCUAAAUUCCCUUUUGUAUUUGCUAUUUGUAUCUUACGAUCUGUAUCUUAUAUCCUUUCAA